CUCUAAGCAAAAGCCGCCGGAGAGACACGCCAAUGUAUACGCCUAGUGAUUGAACAGCUUAGAAUAGGCGGGGGAUCGUCUUACCGUCUCCUCUGUCAUGGGGUCAAAAUACCUUCUCAUGAAUUGCCUCUCACUAGAUGGACUGGCAACAAAAAGUGAAAUUUAAUGUGAUGCCCAUGUUGCGUUUUAUAGAAUAUUAUGUCUGAACCAAACUUUAUAUGGCAAGUGUUAGGCUUCACUUUGUUGAUUACUUCUUAGCGAAAAGCAACAGGGAAUCAGUGCACCAUGUCAGCGGAUAUUAGUUUAUUUGAUCUGGUCAAUCUAUCUAUCGGGACUCCGGAGCCAGGAGCGGUCCAGUUUAACGCUCUCCACGCGCUUCUGCAUGCCCUCAUCAAGCACCUAAACAUCCAGGAUGUCAAGACCGAGUGGAUCAUCGAGCAGGACCCGAGCCAAGACUUGCCGCCGCCCGAAGCCCAGGAGGUGCCCCGGGAGAAGCCUAGCCCGUACCAUCACAUGGAGGGCAAGCUGCGGCACAUCGAGAAGCAGAUAUCGGCCCUGGAGAAGUUGCCGAGCGGCACGGAUCUCCUGAACCGCAGCGCCUCCGGGGCCGCUACCCCGGUCAGCGACAUGUGGCAGUUUAUGCAGCUCCGGAGGAAAGUCCAGGCGAACGAGGACGGCGUGUCCAAGUGUAUGGGUCUUAUCCAGGACCUAAUGAAGGAAAUUCAGGAGCUGAAGGAAAGCAGAGACAACCUCAAGAAGGAGGUGAAAACCCUCAACAGCCAGCUUAAUAAGAUGGCCACGAGUGACCUGGCCGACCGGGUGACAGCUCUGGAGCAGUGCUGCCACCUAGUGGGGGAUCUGGAGAAGAGCAUGCGGGACAUGAGGGACAGGAUAGAUCAGUACCCAAAGCCGGACGAGAUGACCGAGUUUGUCACCUGGGAGGUGUUGCAGCAAACACUCGUCGGACAGAAGCAGAAUUUGGUACAGGCUCGUCCGUUCCAGCCCUUCCUGUUGCGCCGUACCAGCAGUGCCCACACCAUGGGCACCCUCCGCCUGGCGGCCCUCGACCCCAGCGCCCCUCACGACCCCAGCGCUGCUCUUGGGCUCCCCCUGGUGCCCAGUGCUGGACCUGCCGCUGGCACGGCGACCUCUGACCCUAACAUGGCCGCCAGGCUUGCCGUUCCCACUGCCCCCCUCGGCCCAUGCUGGUACCCACGGCCCUGGCACGGGCUCCGCGGGCUCGGACGACGUCUGUCUGGGUUCCGUGGGUUCCGUGGGUUCUGUGGGUUCCGUGGGUUCUGUGCCCUCGGACUCGGCGAUGGGCACAGCAGCGUCCCCUAGCGGUGGCACAUCGGACGACAGCGGCGACAGCGCCAUCCCUGCCCACGCCGACGCCCUGGCACUGCCCGCUGCUGCUGCCGGUGCCGACGAGGAAGAUGACCUGGCUGGUAGCGGCGUUGGCACGCCUUCUCUUGCCCCUCCUGCCCCCCCGCCCUGCCCAGAGCCCCGAGGAGACCUGACCCUGCUGCAGUGGGCAGCUUUGACCCCCUACGCCCCGCGGCGCCCCCUAUGUGCCGGAGGCCGCCAAGUGGCGGUGGUGGUGGGGCAGGGGCACGUCCCUGCAGCCGUCUGCGUCGGACGGGGUGCUGCAGGACCUCGAGGUGCCCCCUGUCCCGGGUGAGCAGCGGAGCGCUGGGGUACCCCCGAGACUCUGUACGCACUGCAGGCCAUCGGCCGCCUCGGGGAUCGGCUCGCCAGCCUGGAGGCCCGUCUGACGCUGCUGGAGGAGAUCAAGGCCGACCAGGCCCAGACUGGACGAGCUCAGACAGGCUGUGGCUAUUAUGGGUGAGAAAGAUAUGCCUGAAAACCAGCUAAUGGAGGAGAUGAACCACCUGAAAGAUCUGGUAGAGACCCUGAUGGGAGACAAGGAGAAGCCUUUGGAGUUUGGUGGUGCAACAACACACUUGAGCUCACACACACUCUGACAGGAGACGCAGCUGAGCAUCAACUCCAAGUGCAGCUAGGACACCUCAGAAAUGUGGUGAAGAGAGUAGAGAAUGAUGUUCAGGCAGCUGAAGGACAAAACAGCAUCCCGAGGAGAGAAGAGAGACGCGUCGCUACAGCAACAGCUGGACAGACUCCGGUCCGUCC